UUUUUUCGAUAAACUGAAUUUAGUGCCUUCUCAUUUUUCUUGAACGGCAUUGAUAUUUAAUUCUAGAUAGAAAACUCUUGAUGUUUGUGUAAAUACCUAUUUCUUGAUCAGAUAGGUUUGGUUUGCUUUCCUCCUUUUAGUUCUUUUUGACGAUGAUGGCAAUGCAAAAAUCGUAGCUUUUCCGGAACAUGGAGAAAAUAUGAGAUUGCAUGGUGAAAAGGGUAAUUAUGGGAAGUAUUCUGGGUGGGUUUGUAUUGCCAUUGCUUCUUUUGUCAGCUGGGUUACUGAAUUGGAGCUUGAUUUCUUUCAUUAAUUUGACGACUUCUCUUGUUCUGCGGUUUACUGCCCCAAAAAGAGGGUUUCGAUUCAAAGGAAGGGUUCUAUCCUUGUGGUUUGUUUUCAUAUUCGCGGCACUGGUUAUAUUCUUACAAGUGAUUUUUCUUACUCUAUGUGCUACUCGGGAUUCGGAAUGGAGCAUUGCAGAUGCCUGGUGGAUAAAGCUACUUGGAUUAAUGAAGUUUCACUCAUGGAGAUCUCCAAAAGUCAUCUAUUUCCUGGUUGUAGAAUCAUUAGUGGGAUUCGUUGCUUUAACUGAGAUCAACAGGAACAAAUUUGGCUUUAUAGAAUAUGGAGGUUCUUUCUGUGGCUUCCAAGAUUCUUUCUGGGGCUAUAUAUCUUCAGUUUUUAAUCAAAUAGGUUAUCAUGUUAGGUUAGCUUCUUGCGUCUCGCUGCCUGCUGUUCAGUUGGUCUCGGGGAUCAGCUAUCCUUCUUGGCUAUCUUUGCCAUUUUUCAUUUGCAGCUGUGUUGGUCUUGUUGAUUGGUCUCUAACAAGCAACUUUUUAGGUCUGUUCAGGUGGUGGAAGCUGCUCUGGUCAUAUGCUGGUUUCGUCAUUAGCCUGCUUUAUAUUUAUCAGCUCCCUGUUGGGUUUCCAAAAAUGUUUGAAGUGAUUGCUGACUCGAUUGGUCUGUACAAAAUUUCUCUGGAUUCCGACUGGCAACAAAUAUGUUCUGGUACUUCCCUGAUGGUCUUCUAUUAUAUGCUUUCUUGUGUGAAGCAUGAUUUAGAAGACAUGGAAUUCAUUAUGUCCAUGGGAGAAGGCAGCUUGACAGAACAACUUCUUCCCUCAAGAAAUUCUUUUUUUGUUCGUCAGCUAAGGUCUGGUGUAAGGCAUACCAAUAUAUUAUUAAGGGGACCGAUUUUCAGGAUUUUUAGCAUCAACUGGUUUACUUAUGGCUACCCUAUAUCCUUGUUCGCUCUUUCAUAUUGGAGCUUCCACUUUGCAAGUAUCUGUGCAUUUGGAUUACUUGCAUAUGUUGGGUAUGUUAUGUAUGCUUUUCCGUCCGUGUUCCAUCUUCACCAUUUGAAUGGUCUGCUUCUUGUCUUCAUUCUCUUGUGGGCUGUGAGCACGUAUAUUUUCAAUGUGGCUUUUGCAUACGUGAACUGGAAACUUGGCAAGGAUAUGGAGAUCUGGGAGAUGGUUGGGCUGUGGCACUAUCCAAUACCCGGCUUCUUCCUUUUAGCACAGUUUUGUCUUGGGGUUCUUGUAGCUCUUGGUAAUCUAGUAAGCAAUUCCGUAUUUCUAUGCCUAUCAAAUGAGGAAGGGCGAUUCUCUACUGAGAGUGAGACUGAGGAAGUGAAAGAAGGCGCAAAAGUAUUAGUAGUGGCUACAAUUGCUUGGGUGAUGCGCAAAUCUUCUCGGCCAAUAAUGCUGCUGCUGAUCUUCCUGAUCGCCACCAAACCUGGUUUCAUUCAUGCAGUUUAUAUGAUGUUCUUUGUUGGCUAUCUUUUGAGCCAUAGAAUUGAUAAAAGGAUGCGCCAAUCCCUUAUUCUUUUGUGUGAGGCUCAUUUUGCGAUUUUAUACAUUCUUCAGCUAAAUCUGGUCUCCACUAAACUGGAACAGAAAGGCUCCAUAAGUUUGGAAGUGCUAUCACAGCUAGGUCUUGUUGAAAGCAACAGUCCCUGGAAUCUUCUGGAGAUAGCUCUGCUUGCAUGCUUUUGUGCCAUUCAUAACCAUGGAUUUGAUAUGUUGUUCUCGUUUUCUGCUAUUGUUCAGCACACGCCUUGUCUUCCUAUCGGAUUUAGCAUCCUGAAAGCCGGUUUAAACAAAUCGGUUCUUUUGACAGUUUAUACCAAUUCCGAUAUCAGAGACAGUUACGGGAGUCAUGACCACGAGAGAAAGGUGGCGUUGUAUCUCAGUGCUAUCGGAAGGAAGUUCUUGUCCGUAUACAGAUCAUUUGGAACCUACAUUGCGUUUCUCACCAUCCUUAUAGCCGUGCACCUCGUGAGGCCAAAUUACAUAUCAUUCGGUUAUAUCUUCCUUCUCCUUAUCUGGAUCACGGGCAGACAGCUCGUGGAGCAGACAAAACGACGCCUCUGGUUUCCCCUCAAAAUAUAUGCUAUUGCAGUUUUUAUUUUCAUCUACUUGCUAGGCAUCUUCCCCACUUUUGAAUCAUGGAUGUCGACAAAGAUUGAUCUCUCUGUUUGCUUCGGUUACGAUACUGAAGCUUCUCUGUUGGACAAUCUUCAGGAGUCUCUGGCAAUUAUGAUCGUCAUGCAGCUUUACAGCUACGAAAGAAGAAAAAGCAAACACAUGAAAUCGGAAGAUCCUGCUCCGCUGCAGCCUGGGAUAUUGGGGUUCGUCAAACGGUUUCUGAUCUGGCACAGUCAGAAGAUAUUGUUCGUCACACUCUUUUAUUCAUCGAUAUCUCCGAUAAGUGCGUCCGGCUUUGUUUACCUUCUCGGUCUAGUUCUCUGCUCGGCAAUGCCUAAAGAGUCGAGAAUCCCAUCGAAAUCAUUCUUAGCUUACACAGGGUUAUUGGUGACGGUUGAGUAUAUAUUUCAGAUAUGGGGUAAACAAGCUAAUAUGUUUCCCGGGCAAAAGCACCACAAUUUGUCUGUUUUCCUCGGCUUAAUGGUUUAUGAACCGAAUUUUCAGGGCCUACAAGAAGGUUUGAGGGCGAAAGUGCUUGUGAUUGCUGCGUGUACGCUUCAGUAUAAUGUUUUCCAUUGGCUGGAAAGGAUGCCCAGUUUGCAUUUGUAUGUAGGUCAAUCAGAGGAGCCUUGCCCUUUGUUUGUUUCAGCAAGAGACGAUUUCACUGCCGUUUCAUCUUUGAAUGGGGAGAGCCAGCCCAUACCCGAGAGUGAGCUGUCCGAACAAAGGGCCGGGGAGGGCUAUUCAUGGUCGUCUCCUAGGCGUUGUGUCGAUAAUCAUUCUCCAAAUUUUUCUACCCUCAGAAGCACUCUCAGUGGCAGCUAUAGAAAAUAUUCACUUGAUCAAAUCUGGGAUACCAUUACAGAGAACCAUAAUUGGAAAAAGAAAAGGAUUGUUGCCUUGAGACAGGAGAGAUUCGAUAUGCAGAAGACAACACUGAAAGUUUAUUUGAAGUUUUGGAUUGAGAAUAUGUUCAACCUGUUUGGUCUCGAGAUCAAUAUGAUAGCGCUGCUACUCGCCAGUUUCGCUCUGUUAAACUCCAUAUCUAUGCUCUAUAUCGCGUGUAUUGCUAUCUGCAUUUUGUUGCCGCGUCCAACCAUUAGCAAGCUGUGGCCUAUAUUUGUUCUUCUCUCUGCCACCAUUCUUCUAGCAGAAUACUUGGCGAUGUGGAAGAACAUGGUGCCGUUUAGUGCACGUGUUUUGACCGAGAGCAGUGCACGUUGCCACGAUUGUUGGAAAAACUCACGCGUAUACUUCCACUACUGUGAAAAAUGUUGGCUGGGGGUUAUUGUUGAUGAUCCUCGGAUGUUGAUCAGUUAUUUCGCUGUCUUCAUGCUCACGUGUUUCAAACUCCGGUCAGAUCAUUCGUUCAACUUCUCAUGGUCAUUCACGUACGAGCAGAUGGUUGCUCAGCGUAAGAAUGCUUUCGUUUGGCGAGACCUGUCGUUUGAGACCAAGAACAUGUGGACGUUCUUCGAUUAUCUGAGGGUUUACUGUUAUUGUCAUCUGUUGGAUCUAGUGCUUGCGUUGAUGUUGAUAACGGGAACCUUGGAAUACGACAUUCUACACCUCGGAUAUCUCGGAUUCGCUCUCAUUUUCUUCCGCAUGAGGCUCACUAUACUGAAAAAGAAAAACAAGAUCUUUAAAUUCCUGCGGGUUUACAAUUUCACUGUGAUUUUCCUCUCUCUGGCAUAUCAAUCUCCAUUUAUCGGUGGUUUCAAGUCGGGAAAGUGUCAAACCGUUGAUUAUGUGUAUGAGGUGAUAGGAUUUUACAAAUAUGAUUACGGUUUUCGGAUCACCUCGAGAUCUGUUUUGGUAGAGAUCAUCAUUUUCAUCCUCGUCUCAUGCCAAUCAUACAUGUUUUCUUCCUCGGAGUUUGAUUAUGUGUUCCGAUAUCUUGAGGCGGAGCAAAUUGGCGCGAUUGUGAGGGAGCAAGAGAAGAAGGCUGCUUGGAAGAACGAGCAGCUGCAACACAUCCGCAAAGCUGAGGAAAACAAACGCCAUCGCAACUUCCAAGUGGAGAAGAUGAAGUCCGAGAUGCUGAACCUACAGAUCCAACUCCACGGUAUGAAUCCCAUCACUGCUCGUGGCAGUGUCUCACCGGGUAGCGAAGUGGUGAAAAGGAGGAAAACUGCUUCCCUCAAUGUGCAUGACUUUGUUAAUCUUGAGAAACAGAACGCCAGUGCCGUUCCUGAUCCAGGCUUCCCGCUAAACGUGCAUGAAUCUACCAGGACUGUUCGAGUGGACAAUCCGUUAUCUGUAGACAUUUCAAAGAGCUUACUCGAUGCUUCUCUUGGUGAGACUACUGAGGCGGAGGAGUACACAGGCGACAACAUUCUUUACAGUUUAGACAGCUCGAGAAGAGGUAGAAACCAAUCGAUGGAAAACCCUCUGGCUUCUGCUGUGCAGUUAUUAGGCGAUGGUGUUUGCCAAGUGCAGUCAAUUGGAAAUCAAGCAGUCAGCAAUCUCAUAACCUUUUUGAACAUUUCGUCAGAAGAUCUAAGUGAAUCCUCAUACAUUGAAGAGAGACGAACACACGAUGCUAAACGCAGAAACUCGAGCUGUUCUUCAUCUAUGCAGUCUGAGAAGAGCAGAACUUCAGAGUCUGCAAGUCUGCAGAUUGGACUGAUUGUCUCUCAUAUAUGGUCGCGCAUGCAAUCUAAUAACGACGUUGUUUGUUACUGCUGUUUCAUUCUGGUUUUCCUUUGGAAUUUCAGUCUGCUUUCCAUGGUAUACUUGGCUGGAUUGUUCCUAUAUGCUCUGUGUGUGAACACCGGGCCGAACUACAUGUUCUGGAUUAUCAUGCUAAUCUAUACCGAAUUCUACAUUCUGAUUCAGUAUCUGUAUCAGAUAAUGAUACAGCAUUGUGGUUUCACCAUCCAGUCAGACCACCUACAUGAAUGGGGUUUCCCGACGAAGAAGAUAAAAUCAUCGUUUGUUAUCAGUUUGCUGCCUCUAUUUUUGGUGUAUCUGUUUACUCUCAUACAGUGCUCCAUAACAGCAAAAGAUGGUGAGUGGUUUUCGGUAGGAUUCAAGAAUUCCAGAGGGGGAUUACGCAACCAAAACGACAUUGAUUUCAGUUCCGACUGGAGUGAUAAAUUAGAUAAGGCUUUCGAAUCUAUAAAACAUGUGGUUGAAAUGGUCAUCGGUGGCUGUUCCAAAUACUGGAAAUCUUUGACGCAAGAAGCAGAAUCUCCUCCGUACUUCGUUCAGCUCUCUAUGGACGUCAAAUCAUGGCCUAAGGAUGGGAUUCAACCAGAGAGGAUCGAGUCUGGAAUAAAUCAGCUGCUACAGCUCGUGCAUGAGGAAUACUGUAAAAGUGAGAAGCCUAGUAAUUGCCUUUGUGCCAGCAAGGUUCAGAUUCAAAGCAUUGAAAAAAGCACUGAAGAUACCAACGUGACAUUAGCCGUUUUUGAGGUGGUCUACGCCUCACCACUUACUGAAUGUAAACCAGCAGAGCAGUUCAACUCUCUUACUCCAGCAGCCGAUGUAGCAAAGCAGAUCCUUAAAGCAAAACGCAUGGGGCUUGCUGAGAAAGUUGGCUUCCCGUAUCCUAUGAUCUCAGUUAUCGGAGGUGGUAAAAGAGAAGUUGAUCUUUAUGCAUACAUCUUCGGGGCUGAUCUGAUGGUCUUCUUUCUUGUUGCCAUGUUCUAUCAAUCUGUUAUAAAAAAUAAAAGUGAAAUUCUAGAGUAUUAUCAACUCGAAGAUCAGUUCCCAAAAGAGUUUGUAUUUAUUCUAAUGGUAAUCUUUUUCUUGAUUGUUGUUGAUCGCGUCAUAUACUUGUGUUCGUUUGCAACGGGGAAAGUCAUCUUCUACCUUUUCAACUUUAUUCUCUCCACGCGUUCAGUCUCUGAGUAUGCUUGGAAUAUAGACACUUCCCAGCAUAAUGCUGCUGGUUUUGCCCUUCGAGCAAUCUACCUUACAAAGGCAAUAUCUCUGGCAUUACAAGCUAUGCAAAUUCGAGAUGGUGUUCCUUAUAAAAGCACAUUGUAUCGCCAGUUCCUCACUAGUGAAGUUUCUCAUGUCAAUUAUCUAGGAUACAGGCUGUAUCGCGCUUUGCCUUUCCUGUAUGAACUGAGAUGCGUCCUAGAUUGGUCGUGCACGACUACAUCAUUGACAAUGUAUGACUGGUUGAAGUUGGAGGAUAUUAAUGCGAGUUUAUACCUUGUCAAGUGCGACAAUGUUCUAAACAGAGCUAACCAUAAACAAGGAGAGAAACAGACACAGAUGACGAAGUUUUGCAAUGGCAUCUGUUUGUUCUUGAUAUUAAUAUGCGUCAUUUGGGCUCCAAUGCUGAUGUACAGCAGUGGUAAUCCAACAAACAUAGCGAAUCCAAUCAACGACGCCAGUUUCCAGUUCGACAUCAAGACAGCUGCUGGAAGACUGACCUUGUACCAGACAACUCUUUGUGAGAGACUAGGAUGGGAUGAGCUCAACAAAAAUGCCAAUUUUGAUCCCCAGCAUUAUUUGGACUCUUACAAUCAAAACGACAUUCAGUUCAUUUGUUGCAAAGGUGAUGCGAGCACACUGUGGCACGUCCCUGAAGUCGUCCAGAGGCAGUUUAUCCGGUCUCUCAAUAGUAGCGACAUGGACAUGAAGUUUUCUUGGGUUCUUGCAAGGGACCGGCCAAAGGGCAAGGAAAAAGUGAAAUACGAAAGAAGUCUCGACCCAUCCGACCUUCCAAAACCGUCAGAUGUCGAGGGGGUCUUCAAUGGCUCCUUGAACAGCUUCAGGAUUUCCAAAAUUUAUCCGAGAUUUUUUAGGGUCACGGGCUCUGGGGAAGUCAGGCCUUUCGAACAGGAGGUGAGCGAUGUUACUGCAGACCUCGUCUUGCACCAUGGCAGCUCCCAAUGGUGGUCCUUCCACGACGUCAACUCUUUGGACGCGUAUGGUUGUGGGAGCUUGUCGGGGCCAAUGGCUGUCGUUGUAUCGGAGGAAACCCCACAGGGAAUUCUUGGUGAGACUCUGAGCAAAUUCAGCAUUUGGGGUCUCUACAUCACAUUUGUGCUAGCAGUGGGCCGCUUCAUCCGGUUACAAUGCUCGGACCUACGAAUGAGAAUACCCUUCGAGAACCUUCCUUCAUGCGACAGGCUAAUAGCCAUCUGUGAGGAUAUAUAUGCUGCAAGAGCAGAGGGCGAGCUUGGAGUCGAGGAGGUUCUGUAUUGGACGCUCGUGAAGAUUUACAGGUCACCUCAUAUGUUGCUCGAGUAUACCAAGCCCGACUAGCGUCCUGCAGAUUAACGGCCCUUGUAUACACGCUGACAAAAUCUGACGAUAGGAUCGACUAACUUCCAGCUGAAGAUGCACAGGCUGAGCUCAAGUCCAGUUUCCAUUGCCAGUGUAGGUUUGUGAAGGCUUCUUGCUUAUGUCUUUUACUGCCAAAUAUGAGUCAUUUGCAUGCAGCCUUAUACAUCUCUUUCGUGUAAAAAGUGGCACAUCUGUGACAGAUAUCAUAUAAUGAGAUGCCCAUCAAAUAAAAUGAGAUCCUAAGGAAUCCAGGUUUAUAUGUA